AUGGUCAGUCCGACCACAUCAGCUAUACCCGUAUUCAUCUGCAUCAUCCACCUAACGCGUUCAGUGAUAUUGCCCGUGAUUCACAGCCGCCUCGAAAGCACCCUCUGACCGUGUUCCGACUCAAGCUCAACAAGAGUACGUUCGAUCCCUACACUCUCUUACGUGCACUUCGCUGAACGUUAUCUACCUCACACCACAGCCACCGUAUUCCUCCCCGUUUCCUCCUCCACGACGCUCUCCUCCUUGCGUACGGACCUGAUCCAAGCCCUCAAGCACGGACGUGACACCGAGGUCGAUCCUUUACCCGCUUCACCCAACGAAAUCGCUCUGUGGAGAUCGUCUGGGGUGGAAGGGGAAGAGACAUGGACCCGAUUGACAGAUGAGAAGAGUACGGCUGACAAGUGGGGACUGUGAGUUGCAAGUCUCGCUUCAGAGUGAAUCGCUUCAGAGUGAACGAAAUCUCGGAUCAUUCCUCAAUCGUGGCCCUCGGCCGGUGGUUGACGUCGGCCCUGACAGAGCGCGUGUGAUCAUUGUCAUCAUCCUUGUAUGAAGCAUUCAUAGUAUCUUCGAGCAUGUUCUGACUGACCCAACUGCCCUUUCGGUACAUUCCAGUCAAGAAGCCGCCGAAAUUGGAGUGUCGGUCAAAAACUCUGAUGGUCAGUCUUUCAAUCGCUCUCUUCGAAAGCGGGUCUGGUAAAGUUCGAGGUCUCAAUCAUAACGGUGCUUCUCAGCAGGAACAUUCCCCGAACCGACAGUGGAGCGACCGGUCGAUUCUGACGAUGAGGAGUAG